AUUGACCAUCACCCGCCGCGUAGUCGCCCCCGCAGACGCCGCAUUCCCUGUCGCCAGUCAUAGUCAAUACCUAGCAGUGGCAGCCCGGCAGCCGCCUAAAACAUCACAACCGUGUGUGCAUACCUCAUAACCUCACCCUACUACCGUUGUUCCAACUUCCAUUCACUCCCACUUGCACCUCUCACGCCCCGCACCCGCCGCACAAGCCGCAUUCACUGCGCAGCGUCGCCCACAAUGAAGUUCCGCAGGAGCAUCAAGAGCGACAAGGACAACCGCCCGCACCACAUCUCCAUCCCCCCCAAGGACGCAAUCGCCAUUGUCCCGCCGAAGAAGCCCACCGACACCAGCCCAAACUCGGUCUACCUCGCCUUCUCCCAGGGCGACUUUUUGCACGUCGUCGGCCGCGAAGACGACAGCGACUGGUACGAAGCCUGCAAUCCGCUGCACGGCACCCGUGGACUGGUACCUGUCUCGUACUUUGAGGGUAUUGGUAAGACAGUGCGCGACAGUGGUGGCUCUGCGCCGCCCUCCUCCGCAACACAACAACACCAACAACCCCACGACUCGGGCUACCAGGAGCGCAUUACUUCUCCCCACCACGCGCCCACGCAACCGUCGGCGCACGACAUCAUGACGCAGCAAAUGCGCAUGUCGCGCUCCGCUAAGACGACGGGCGCCAUGGUCUACGGCAUCGUCAUCUACGACUUCAAGGCCGAGCGGCCCGAUGAGCUCGAGGCCAAGGAGGGCGAAGCUAUCAUCGUCAUUGCCCAGUCAAAUCCAGAGUGGUUCGUCGCAAAGCCCAUAACCCGCCUCGGGGGCCCUGGUCUCAUUCCAGUGUCCUUUAUCGAGAUCCGCGACAUGACAACGGGUGAGGCUGUUGCUGACACACAAGCCGCUGUCACGGCCGCGGGCGUGCCCAAGGUUGAGGAAUGGAAGAAGAUGGCGGCAGACUACAAGAACGGCAGCAUACCACUUGGCAAGCUCGAGACAAACUCUGGGCAGUCGCUGCAGCAGGGCAUGGAGCGCAUGAGUGUCAAAAGCCAACCUACGGGCCACGGCAAGGCUGGCUCGAUCUCACACUCGCGCAACGGUUCCAUGGCCCAAUCACGAGGCCAGUACCGCACAUCCGACAACCUUCUUGCGCCCAUCAAGGCAUGCGUGCCGCGCUACUGCUUUGCCGACGACAUCUUUUGGUUCAUCAUCGAAUGCCAAAUGGAGGACGGCCGCCACUGGGAGCUGCAGCGCCUAUACCAAGAUUUCUACGACCUGCAAAUACAGCUGAUAGCCACCUACCCGGUCGAGGCGGGCACAAGCGGCGCUGGAGAGCGGACACUGCCUUUCAUGCCCGGCCCUGUCACCUACGUCACCGACAACAUCUCAAACGGCCGCCGCGCAAACCUCGACGAAUACAUCAAGAACCUGCUGAAGCUGGGACCACACAUCACCCAGGGCCACCUCGUCAAGGGCUUCUUCGCGCCACGGCAAGGCGACUACGAAAUCGACCCCGACGUCGUCGCUGCGGAAGAAUACCGCCUCUCUCAGCAAUCGCACCAGUCAUCGAAUCUUUCCCAAGGCACGAGCAGACAAUCCUCGGCCGACCAACUACAAGCCACCACACCCGUCACACCCUUUUCCACUGGCUCAAACUACGGUGGCUCCCACCAGCGCGGCCAAUCGACCGCCUCGGCAGCAUACUCGACCAACCUCAACCCGCCCCCUAUAAACCAUGCUCACACAUCUGUCUCGACUGCAACUGGAACUAAUUCAGCUCUUAAGAUCAAAGUCUGGUUCGAGGAAGACAACUGUGUCGUUAUCCGCAUGCCCCUUUCGCUUAGAUUCUCGGACCUCUACAAUAAGCUUGUGGAGCGCAGGAAGAUGGAGCGCCCCGGCGAGGAAGAGGAGGAGUUGUUCAUCGAUUACAAGGACGAACAAGAGGGUAAAUUCUACCCAAUUGAAAACGACGAGGAUCUGCAAAUUGCGGUUGAGCGGAAUCCCAAGCUGACGUUGACUGUCUCCACUCGGCGGUAGUGGUGAUUGGGGCCAAAGGUAUGACAUUUUACUUCUACUAAUUGCGUUGCUAUAUUUUGUUCUCUUCAAUGGCGGCCGGAGCACUCUGAUGGGUCACGGCAAUUGCUUCAUGCCCGCUACGGCGCUUUCUUUUCGUGCUUUCGGCGUUGCAAAAGGGUCCAAGGGUCCAGGACUUCCGAGGGCGGAUAAGGCGUUUACGGAGUCUCUGGAACGACGACUGCAUGAUGGAAAACGGUUUCGAUAUUUUGCUUUGGUUUUCCGUGGAUCUGUAACAAGUGCGUCAUU